AUGAAAGAGGAAGAGAUUUGCGUGUACAUACUAAAGGGUAUUAGGGAACCUAUACUACACGCAAUUUCACUGCAUGAUAAUAGUACUUUAAAAAAAUUGAAAGAAAAUUUAAAAAAAUAUGAACUGAUGCAAUUUAGAAUUAAUUCUAGAAGUUCAGGUAUCAGCGAUUUUACGGAAAUCUUAAAUAAACAAGUAAUGCAACUAAACAAUGAAACUAAAGACAGCAAUCAAGAAAUAAAACGAUUAAAUAGAAAAUUAGAAGGAGUGGACAGCUAUAAUAUAAAUAAAAUCGAUCAACUUUGUACCAAAAUCGAUCAACUGUGUACCGAAAUGCAUAAUUUUAAAAAAUACGACAAGACCGUCAAUUUUGAAGAUAUAUCACGCACGAGAGACAAAAGUCCAUAUCCAGGAAAAGCAGAUCACGACGGCAGGAACAAUUAUAGGGAAAAGAGUCCUCAUCCUGAUAGAUAUAACGACAAUAAGUUCAGAGAUAAUAACAGAAAUACAGGAAAUAGUAGAGACAGGUCUUAUUCGAGGGACAGGGAAAAUUCAUUCAAUAGGUCCAGCAGAGAAAUGCGUAAUAAUAGAGAUAGGUCUUACGACAGAUCCAGAGAUACAAGCAGAAAUCGAUAUAACAACAGAAAUCGUGAAAAUGAAGCAAAUAGGAAAAGGAAACAGCAACGUAGGGACAACAGUAGGGACAGAUACUCAAGAUCCACAACGCCGGAAAAACUUAACAGAAGAGAAAACAUAACAUGCUACAAAUGCCAUGAAAAUGGACACUAUGCUAACGAUUGCAAUUUUUCAAAAAACGAAUAG